AUGCUCGCCUCCAGUCUCUUGUCGCUAGUCCUGGCUGGGUCCGCCCAAGCUCUUAAUAUCCUGCUAAACAACGACGAUGGUUUUGCCUCAGGCAACCUGCGAGAAGUAUACCGACUGUUAAACGAGGCCGGCCACAAUGCUUGGAUCGUCGCACCGGCCACCAAGCAGAGCGGCAUGGGCGGUAAAAGCGACUUUAGCAGCGAGGGCAACCUGACUGCGGCUUCGCAGUAUGACUUGAUUCCCAAAGGCGCACCUUCAAUCGGCAGUGAUCCUCACGACAGCCACAUUUGGUACUACAACGGCACUCCUGCGGCUUGCACCUUUGUUGCCCUCGACUACGUGCUGCCUCGCUUUGCCGACUUCAAGGUCCCCGACCUCGUCCUAACGGGCCCCAACUUUGGCACCAACCUCGGGUCUUUUGUCUGGACUCUUUCAGGAACCGCUGGGGCAGCCUACGCCGCCACGCACCGCAGCGUCCCCGCCAUCGCGCUCUCCGCCAGCAACCCCGAGGUCCCCUACUUUGACAUCAAGAACGGCAGCGACCCGGCCACGCUCGUCGCCAAGAUGGCCGUCAAGGUCGUCGACCAGGUCAUCAAGAGCAGCACUCCCCGCGGGCCCCUGCUGCCGCUCGGAUACGGCCUCAGCGUCAACAUCCCCGAGCUGCGCGCCAACAACGGCUCCGAGCCCGAGGUCGUGCGCACCCGCAUGACGGGCAACGCGCACGUCAACGAGGCCGUCUGGGACCCUAAGAAGGGCGUCUUCACGUGGGCCAACGUGAAGCCCUACGCGGCAGGCGUCAAUGCCUGCGUGCACGGCGACUGCUCGCUGCCGGGCGAGACGUACGUGGUGGAAAACGGGGGCAUCUCCGUGUCCAUUUACACGGUCGACUAUGAUGCGCCGUCGGGCGACUAUGCCAGCAGCAUCAUGCAGCGACUCGAGCCUCUAACCAAGACCGGCUGA